GUUUGGAUACUUUAUAAUAAUUUAGUUUAAUUCAAAUAUUUCCAGAUACUUUUAAUAAUUUUUAAAUUAUUUAUAUUAAAUUAUGUAAUAUGUAUACGUAAUUAAUAUUUUAAUAUAUUUGGAUACAUGUUCGAUUAUUUUGGAUAUAACAAUAUAGGAAUCAUUCGGGUAUUUGAGGGUUUCACUCCGGUUCCAGUAUCAGAUAUUUCGGUUCUGUUCCGUUUUUUUUUUUUGCCCAUGCCUAUUUCAAACUUUCAUUAAGCUUGUCCAAUUGUAGUCAUCAGUAUAAUCUUUCUAGAUAAACCAGAUGAUUAAUAUAUAUAGCUUAAUGAGAUUAUUUCCUCUCUCUUUUUAAUUGGACAAAAAGAGCUCGAGGGAUUCUCCCAAUGGCCAAGGUAAAAAGAUUAUAUAUUGUUCUCUUGAGAAAGUAGAUCUUGAAGAAGCAAAAUCAACUUUGCUACUCAGGUUGCAGCUCCAAACAUGGCGUUGAAGGUACUGGACACAGCAGUGCAAGUCCAUGGAGCAGCUUGUUUAUCCUCGGACACAUUCUUGGCUCAUCUGUGGGCAACAACGGCUAGAACCCUCAGGAUUGCUGAUGGAGCUGACGAGGUUCAUCUUGGAACCAUUGGCAAAUUAGAACUACAGAGAGCUUCAAAGCUUUAACAUUAUUUUCUCAGAAAAAGAAUCAGAUGUUUUGUAUUCUACAUGCAUCAAAAUAAGCAUGCGCUUGUGCCUUUUACUGAAACCACAGUACAGUAAACCUAAAUAAGUUUUAUACAACAUCUUCUCAACUGUAUCUUGUUAAUACAAAAUGCAUUGUGAGACUCAUCUCAUGCCUCAUGGCAUCUGCUUCUUAUUCUGUAUAUCUAAAUCAAUCCUCAUUCAGUAUGAAUGAUUAGAAAUUUAGAAUCAUACCUAUUUUCUUUAUAAAAAGUUAUCAUGAUCCCAUGAACUCAUGCUUCUAAAACCAUACUACUAUUCAUAGGCUUAUCGUAAAAGCGGCAAGCCAAACGUUUCAGAUAUAGAGAGAAAGGAUCACAAACUUGUCGGAAACAAAGAUAGUCUUCCUAAAGACAGAAACUGUAACAUAACCUCAUGUUCUUCCUUUCCUUAAACCCCAAAAAUAGCAUUACAACUCCUCUCUAUAUAAAUCCCAUCGAGAUCUUUCAACCCAUUUUUGUCCAAAGUUUUGUAGAUACCAAAAAAAAAAAAUUCACUCACCAAAAAUAAAAUAAAACCAGAGCUAGAAGGGGCCUUAUAGCCACACUUGGAAGGCCCCCUCUACUCCAUUUCCAACAUUUAAAAAAUAAAACACAUUAGGAAAAAAAGUCUUGAAAAUUUUACCUCUUUGGACCUUUUAAGUUUUGUAUAAAAGAUGGCGCUUGAUGGUGACAAGAAGAAGAAAUGCAUCAUAGCGGGUGUUGUCUCGGGUUUGCUAGUCAUAAUGGUUGUCUCUGUAGCCAUCAUAGCAUCCAAAAACUCACCCAACGAAAACGAGAUCAGGCAAAACACUAAAGCGGUUAAAACAGUUUGUGCACCAACCGACUACAAAGAGACUUGCCUCAAAAGCUUAAUGGACGCAUCUCCCAAAUCCACCGAGCCACUCGCCCUCAUCAAGCUCAGCUUCAACGUCACCAUCAAAUCAAUUCAAGAAGGUCUCAAGAAAGCCUCUGAAGAUGUUAAACACAAAGCUGACAAACACCCUGAAGCUAAAGACGCUUUUGAGCUUUGUGAGAAGGUCAUGAACGACGCUAUUGCUGAUCUGAAAAAAUGUGUUGACCAUAAGGUCUCGGUUGAUGAGAUUGAAAGGUUUAUCAAGGAUCUUCGGGUUUGGAUAAGUGGCUCCAUCGCGUUCCAGCAGACUUGUAUUGAUACCUUUGAGGAGAUUAAAUCUACUCUUAAGCACGAUAUGAUCAACAUUUUUAAAAGAUCAAGACAGCUAAGCAGUAAUAGUCUUGCAAUGGUUACUGACCUCAACUCCAACGCCACGGAACUAACCGGAGCUUUUGAAAACAACGCUAGGAAGCUUUUAUCUACUGAAGAGGAUGGUGUACCAACUUGGGUUGGACCAGAGGCGAGGAGGCUCAUGGGAGCACCGGGAGGACCACCGGUGAAGGCUAAUGCAGUGGUGGCUCAAGAUGGAAGUGGUCAGUUCAAGACUAUCAACGAUGCUCUAAACGCUGUGCCUAAAGAAAACAAAGUGCCAUUCGUCAUCCACAUCAAGGAAGGUGUAUACAAGGAGAAAGUAGUGGUCACUAGGAAGAUGCCGUACGUCACUUUCAUCGGUGAUGGACCGACCAAGACCGUAAUCACUGGUAGCCUUAACUUCGGUAUCGGGAAAGUCAAGACGUACCUAACAGCUCCCCUGACUGUAGAGGGAGAGCACUUCACAGCAAAGGGCAUUGGGAUGGAGAACACGGCUGGACCAGAAGGAGGACAAGCGGUAGCCUUAAGAGUCUCGGGGGACUACGCCGUGUUCUUCGACUGUCAAAUCGACGGUUACCAAGACACCUUAUACGUUCACUCUCAACGGCAAUUCUACCGUGACUGCACGGUCUCCGGCACCGUGGACUUCAUCUUCGGCGACUCGCAAUGCAUCCUCCAAAACUGCAAAAUCGUCGUGCGCAAACCUAUGGCAGGCCAGUCGUGUAUGGUCACCGCUCAGGGACGCAGCGACGUCCGCGAGCCGACGGGAAUAGUGCUCCAUAACUGCCAUAUUGUGGGAGAUCCGGCGUAUAUUCCGGUGAGAACCGCGAGCAAGGCGUAUCUAGGAAGACCGUGGAAGGAGUUCUCGAGGACGAUCGUCAUGAAGACGAUCGUCGAUGACGUCAUCGAUCCGGCGGGGUGGCUUCCGUGGAGCGGUGACUUCGCGCUCAAGACGUUGUACUAUGCCGAGCAUUUGAAUGUUGGGCCUGGAGCGAAUCAGGCCCAAAGAGUUAAAUGGCCUGGUAUCAAGAAACUGACGCCUGAACAGGCUUUGUCGUACACUGGUGAUAGAUUCUUAAGUGGUAACACGUGGAUUCCAAGGACGCAAGUGCCGUACACGGCGGGCAUGUAGGAGAUUCCGUUUUGUGAAUCGUUUAACUUCAGGGUUUUACAUCUUUUUGUUUUUAAUGUGUUUCUCUGAAAUUGUUUUAAGAAUGAUAUAAGCUUGUCCGAAUGA